UAGUGAGGUUGCCAAGUACGGACUCCGCGUGAGAGCGCGCCGAGUUGGAGAGACAGACGGACACAGGACACGGCUGCUGGACCUUAUUGACUGUUGAAUUUCAGGUGAAUAGAGUUUUGUUGUGCUGGCUCCAGCUUCAUUUGAGCUGCAUUUCGCCCCGGUCGAUGUGCAUCUCUCCACUUGUCUGCAAAUUCCUGAGACACCCCAGAUUUCCAAAGAGACAAUAAAACCGUUAAGGAAUGGGAAACCAUAUUGUUUCUGACCGUAACAACAAGAAGAUGCCACUGGGUGACGAUUGCCAUGCGUGGAAAAAGAAGACCACAGAUGUGAAGGAUCAGUAUGACUUCAAAGAGAUCCUGGGAACGGGAGCUUUCUCUGAGGUGGUCCUGGCUGAGGAGAAGAGGACCCAGAAAUUGGUGGCUAUCAAGUGCAUCCCCAAGAAGGCAUUAGAGGGCAAGGAAACCAGCAUUGAGAACGAGAUAGCAGUCCUGCACAAGAUCAAACAUGCCAACAUUGUAUCUCUGGAAGAGAUAUUUGAAAGUAAAUCGCACCUCUACCUUGUCAUGCAACUGGUGUCUGGCGGGGAACUCUUCGACCGUAUCAUAGAGAAGGGCUUCUACACAGAAAAAGAUGCCAGUAAGCUCAUUCAGCAGAUUCUGGAUGCCGUUAAAUACCUCCACGACAUGGGCAUUGUGCACCGUGACCUCAAGCCAGAGAAUCUGCUGUACUACAGCAUGGACGAAGACUCCAAAAUCAUGAUCAGUGACUUCGGUCUGUCUAAAAUUGAGGGCUCUGGCAGUGUGAUGUCAACAGCCUGUGGGACACCUGGAUAUGUUGCCCCUGAAGUGCUGGCUCAGAAGCCCUACAGUAAAGCAGUGGACUGCUGGUCAAUUGGUGUCAUAGCCUAUAUUCUGUUGUGCGGUUACCCUCCGUUCUAUGACGAGAAUGAUGCCAAACUGUUUGAACAGAUCCUGAAGGCAGAAUACGAGUUUGAUUCUCCUUACUGGGACGAUAUCUCUGAUUCAGCGAAAGACUUUAUACUCCACCUGAUGGAGAAAGACCCCAACGUACGUUACACCUGUGACCAGGCUCUGCAGCAUCCUUGGAUUGCUGAGGAUACUGCUCUGGAUAAGAACAUCCAUGAGUCUGUCAGUGCUCAGAUCAAAAAGAAUUUUGCUAAGAGCAAGUGGAAGCAAGCAUUUAAUGCCACAGCAGUGGUUCGUCACAUGAGGCGCCUCCAGCUGGGCACCAGUCACGAAGGACCCAACCCCAGUCCUUGCCGAACUCAUCUGCUGGAAGACGCAGCGUGCUGUGAAGGAGGGUGCCCCCAGAAUGUCGAGAGCGGAGCUGACCCUCUGUCCAACUGCACCUACCGCUGCCACCCAACCAGCAGGGUGUGACCCCUGCGCCUGCUCUAUGUACCUGUCUAAUCAAUCCCAGUGACUUUCCAAUUUUAACCCCCUCGGUGGAACCAGAGGCACUAUCUCCCCCCUUAUCUGGUUAGGAAUACAGCGUCAUUCCAACCUCUUGCCUGCAGGGGGAGCAAGCCUGUCCAGCCUGAGAAGGAAGACAUAAAAUGGAAUGAAAGGAGGAGGAGGAGGGAGAUGAUAAUUAUGAUGAUGUACCAGAGAGGAUUACUUUUACAGACUGGGCUGGUAGUUUGGGAUGAGUUGAAAUAGGGAGAGGAUACAAAGGAAGGAGGGGAAGAUAAACUCCUCCACCAGCAUGUCAGGGGGAUUGUUUUUGCCGAAGCAGGACAGAGCUUGUUGGACACUGUUUUUACUCAUGAUUCAACCUGUCUGUUUGUUUUAAUUGUUUUAUAUAUUUUUUGUGUUGUCUUUUUAACCUCCUACCAUUAGACUUCGGAGCGUAAAUCUAGAAACAAUAUCUGCACGAUCAGGAGAGAGUUUCCCCCAUGCAUGUUUUGUUAUCUUAGAAAUAUACCCUGUUGCAGAAAAUGCAGUACAAUGCAAAUGAUGGAGUGUUGUGCAAAGUUUGUUAAGGUGGAAAGACAAAGAGCGUUUUGAUAUUUUGCCGUAUUUUAAAUGAAAUUGAGUCAAAUUUUGUAAUUUUACUGCAUUCUGUCUUUAAGUCAUGCUUUUAGACAAUCAGUAUCAACAUAGUUUAUGCAAUGAAAAGUCCAUCUACGUAGCCUCUCUUGUGGCGAUAUAGCGUUUCCAUGCUGUGGUUAGGUUUUUUGAGAGGGAAAGGCUUCUCCCUUCUCCUUUUUUAACCCCAAACCUCUUUAACCACAGGGAUAUAUCUUUGUCUAAGGUGCCUUUAGGAUAUACAGUAAUGAUGGGUUUAUUUUCGGGUAGCUUCUGAAAUAUUUGGUCUCUUUCUGCGGAGUUCUUGCAGCACAGACUCUUGCUGUAACUUCAUAUUUUGUAUGUAUCACAUUUUCAGCUUUAAAAUGCAGUUUUAUGCUUUUUGUGUUAAAGUAAAGUACUGUAAUCUCAAAGGGGGAGGGGGGGCUGUGCGCACACUGUACACUGCCAUUAUGGUCAAGUGUAUUUUGUUAUUUGGUGAAUGGAAAUUAAAUGGAAAUUACAUCAAUAUUAUGAUAUGAAAUGGGAAAGCCAACUGUAAAAUUUUUAAAACCUUUCUGGAGGGUAAUCAGGAACCUCAUUUAUUAAAAGAAGUGUCAUUUGCCAUUUCUCUCUCUCUCUCUCUCUCUCUCUCUCUCUCUCUCUCUCUCUAUCUCUCUCUCUCUCUGACACACAUAAUAAAGAACUGUGUUCAUUUAUUUAAGUACAAAUCCCACAGUACACUUUGUGCAAAAAACCUUUUGCAAACCUUAAAAAGCAUGGAUCAGUGUGCUUAACCAUCCUUAAGACUAGGCUGUAGUAGAAUUAAGUAGGUUGUGUGAAUGCAAAAAAAUAAACUACCAACAUUUGAUAUGCAUCUGUUACCAUGUACUGUAAUCGUACUGUCAUUACAAUCCUUUUAUUCUUACAUUCAUCUUCUACAGGCACAUUUCCUCCACACGCAGCCUGUUUAGAAAGAACCUGGAUUAAAGAAUGUGAAUAUGCAUCA